UCUCAGCCUGAGGACACCUAGAGUGCGAAGAUUCAGGAGCAGGCCAAGAAGCAAUGCAUUUUGGUCACUUAUGCAAGAGCCAAAAAAUGAAAAUUUGUUUUUUGAGAACUUAAGGAUGUCAAAGAGCACAUUUUUCGAACUGUGCGAGUCGCUACGUCCCCACUAACCGGUACAGAGCAUGUUUCUAACCUUUCCAGUUCCCUUGAAGAAAUAAGUUGCGAUCUGCGUAUACAAUAUGGCCACCUGUGCCGACUAUCGAGUGAUUGGGGAUGUAUUUGGAGUAUAUAAAAGUCCAGUGCACAAGUACUUUCAUAUUGUUGUUAAGGCAAUAUCGAAACUUACGAAUGUAUUAAUUUCAAUCCCAAAACUCGAUGAAUGCAUUCGAAAUGCAGGUGCAUUUCAAAAAAUGUGUCACAUUCCCAACGAGAUUGGAGCUAUUGACGGAACACACAUUCCUGUUAAAGCCCCAAAGAUUGGCUACAUGGAUUUCGUUAAUCGAAAGGGAUGGACAUCGAUGGUCAUGCAAGCUGUAGUUGACAACAUUUACUUGUUUAGAGACGUCUGAACGCAUGAAAUUUCCAGGAAGUGUCCACGACGCGACGGUCUUUAAAGAAUCUGGAAUUUUAAAAAACCAUAGCCAAAUUAUUCCAGAAUUCCCUUCAUUAUCCUGGGAGAUCCUGCA